AGAGGAAACAAUGAGCAAGACAAACGUCCGCCAUGUUUCUGAUUCUAUGCUCUAUCGAAACGAUGAAUCUUGGGAUACAUGCAUUGAAAGAAGAAGUGAAUCUGGUGCAAAGAUAUUACUAGAGAAGGAGAUUUUACCGUCUAAAAGUGAACUGAACAAGGCGUCCUGUGUAUUUGGAAGAGGUUCAACAAUCUUUUCAAAUAUUUGCUCUGUGAUAAGCAAACAUAUAAAAAAUAUGUCAGUGGAUGUAAUCGACGUUUGUCCUUCGUACAAAGCUGAUAGUAAAUCGAUUGUUUUUAUAGUUUUCUUAAAAGGGACGUCUCAAUUUGUCGAAUUUAAAGAUUAUGAAUGUAAGAAAAUAUAUGAAAACGAAUCGAGUGUUGACGAAGAACAUGCUAUUGUCUAUGAAAGGAAAGUUAACACAAGGAAUCAAUCUGAUGACAAAAUUUUCGAAAAGCUCAGAAAAUGCAUCAACAAAAACGCUGACGAUCUUUUUAAAAGGCAUAGUAAUCUAAAUGUGAUAUUACCUAGCUUGAAAAAGACCGUUGGAAACAAAUCAGGCCAACAUACAAUUAUAGAAGAGCCACGUAUAACGCUGUUUGUGACAGUUAAGGGAUUGAUUCCAUCGGCAGAGGAACGUUUUAAGAAAGAUAUAGAUGGGUUUCGAACGGAUGUUCUUGAGGGAGAAUUCAAACCAUAUUUCGGAGGACCAAACGAGUUCCAUGAACAUCUGAAGAUUGGUCUAGCAAUUCGGGCAAACAUCGAAAACGGAAGCAUAGGAACCCUCGGAGGAUUCAUCGAACAUCCACAACAUGGACUUUGUGGAAUAACGUGUGCCCAUGUUAUCUACACUCUCGAUGAGCUUAAAAUGAUCAAAGAAAAUACACCGUUUAAAAUGGACAAAUUGGUUCAUCAGCCCACGGCCUACCAUACUCCAGCAUUUGGUAAAGUAGUUCUUGUUGUUUACAAUGAAGGAGAUGAUAUCAUGUCGGGUAUGGAAGUUGCUAUUUUCAGUAUACAGGACAGAAAACCAAAGGAUGGCAGCUUUCCCAAAGUUUUAAAUGACAUCCAAGCAGGAUUUGAUGAUGAUCAUCCACUUUGUUUCAAUUCGGGCGAUAUUCGUGAGAUGAAAAACAUAAAUCCUAGGACUGAAGUUUACAAGCUUGGCAUGAGUUCCGGGAUAACGAGAGGUAGCUUUGAAUUGCAAGGAGCUGCAGUGCGUAGAAGACAAAUGCAAGGACGUAGUCACAGCUUUGGAUUUCAUUUAAAAAAUCAAAUUGUUAUUCUUCCAAUUGGACACGACCCUUUUGCAGAACCCGGAGAUUCUGGAGCGUUAGUUUUGAUGGAAGGUGAAAAAGAUUCAGUUGCAAUUGGUAUUGUUGAAGGGGGUAUGCAUGGUUUCGUGUUUGUCACACCAAUAUGUGAUAUCUUAAGAGCUGCUGGUUGUACGGAAUUAAAAAUGUACCAGUUCAAAACAGAACAAAAAGCAUAUUCCACUGACUCGGGGGUAGGAAUGGAUGCCGACUCGGUUUGAUUUGAUUCUGUGCAUGAAAGAUACAUGAUGGAAAAAGUCAACAUCCAUACUGCCAUGGCACCGGCUUAUGUAUAUGCAUUUUUUAUAUUUUUUUAUCAAAUGAUUAUUAAAUAGUUUAAGUGCAUAAAAUUGAAAGAUAAAGCUUAUACUUGACAAUAACUGAAACAUUUAAACUUAUGUAGGUGUUAUUACUUUACAUUUUUCAUUCCAUUUCAAUGUGAUUAGCAGAAAAUAUACUUUUCCACUUUUGCAAAGCAUCAAUUGUUUUACUGUGAUUUUUUGCAAUGAUUUGAUAACAAUUGUACAGAUAUAAUGUUUGUAUAUCAACUUUAAUCAUUUUAUAAAUUACCAUUAAACUUUCGUAUGUGCACUAUUAACCGGUUUAAACUACCCAGUAGUAAAUAUUCUGCUGACCGUUCAAAGGCGGCGCCCCUCUAUGUGUCUUCUUGUUUCAUUCUGUUUUGUGUCCCUUGUUGUUUUCUUCCCUACAGUACGUAUCUUCCCUUUUGCCCCUAGUUUCAUUUCUUUAAUUUUACACCCCUCUCCCAGAAUUUCCUAUCCCCUUCCCCUGUACUACUUUACAAGUGGGCUUUUUAUCUAUCAAUCCUAUAAUG